AAUGAAAAUUAAAUCUGAUUUUGAACUAGGAUUUUCUCCUAUAAAAUGGACUUUAGACACAACAACAACAACCAACGAAGAAUGAAUUUUGCAUUGCUUUUCAUUCAGCUAUACUACAUUCUCGCUCAAGCCUUCCUUCCCCAAAUGGCUUCCCCCUCCUCCUCCUCAGCCUCCCCUGUGAUCAAGAAAACCAAAGGAAAACAAAAAAUUGAGAUAAAAAAGAUCGAGAACAAGGCCCAAAAGAUAAUGAGGUUCUCGAAACGCAAAAGCGGAGUACACAAAAAGGCUAGCGACUUGGUCACUCUGACUGGUUGCCAAAUCGCGGUUCUUAUAUACUCCCCUGCAGGAAAGCCUUACUCCUUUGGCAAUCCAUCUGUGGAUGAAGUUGCAAACCGAUACCUUAAUGAAUCUCCUAUUAUUCAUGACCAUAACAUUUUCUUUCAAGCCAAGUUUGCGGAGCUGAAUCGCACCCUAAAUGAGUCACUCAAGGCUAUAGAAGAAAUCAAGGGGAAACAAAAGGCCCUCAAACCAAAACUUGAGGGAAUACCGAUGAACAAGCUGUGUGACGUCGAGCAUGCUAGCAAGGAAGAGCUAAGGAAGAUGGAGUCGGAUUGUAUGGAGCUUCUUGCAAAACUUGAAAUAAGGAAGAAAGACAUUAUGGAUUAAAUCAUUUCAAAACGUGUUUGUUGAUUAAGAUGUAUCAGGGGGUGAAAGUUUGGUGGUUUCUUAAUAAUAAAUAAAGCGGAUUCAAUAAUUAUGCCAUUUUCAAGAUCUAGCUCUUUUUUCCUCAUAAUUUGAACAAGAAACCCCAAAAUGCCCUUUGGAACAAAAACAAGCCUUACGAGCUACACAACAGGCUGCCCUUUCACAUCACGCCUAACACAAAAAGCUCUAAAUUCUGGAUACAAUGCUAAGACUCUUUGUUAAAAUUGCACCACUGUCACAUCCCAUGCCACACCACUAGUCACCUCAUCUGAGUAUGGAGUGGGUAAGCGAUGCAGUUGAACCGCAUUAGCACAAACUGCACCGCAUCGCGUACUAGCCGGACUGCACCGUAUUGUGUUUCUGCAAUUUAAUUAGUGUGAUAAUUUCAAUCAUGUUUUUUUCUUCCCUCGCCCCUCAUGUUCAUCCCUAAUGAUUGUCAAUCUUACAUGUGGAUGUGGUGUUGAAGCGAUCGCCAUUUCGGCCAUACUGUUUUCUAAACUCUCCAUUGAAGAAUCCACAAUCUUUCUUUUUUUCCUUCUUAUUUCAAAAUGGAACGGUCAAUUAGAAAAUGAGAUACACUUGCUUGAAGGACGAGGCUCUCAUUUUCAUCGGAUGACAUGGUCGAUUAAGAUCCUUCCAUUGAUGAAAUGGGUGCAAUGGGACAAUCCAUCCUUGCAUAAAUUUUAGACAAUUUU